AUGAUUAAAUUAAACAUUCUAGAUCUACAUUCUUACUUGUUAAAGUUUGAAAAAGAAAAAGAAAAUAGUUGUGUAAUGAUGGAUAUUCAAACGGAAGAAGAACAAUCGGUGGUUGUUGGUGAAGGCAAUGAGAGUACUCCUGAUGCUGCCCCAACACAUUCAGAGAACAACACUGACAACAGCAACAACACAAACACCAACAACAAUGAAAUUAUACAACAAACUUUAGAGACAAUUAUGACUAAUCUCAAUAAGCUAAAGACAAAGAUGAUCAAUAAUCAGAAUGCUAGUAAGGAACUAUUUGCAAAUUACAACAAUUUUAAACAUAUAAUAGAAGAUAACAACAUUAAGAAUAAAAAUAGAGUACAGCAACAGCAACAACAACAACAAGAAGAAGAUAAACAAUACCAACAACAUAAAGAACAAGAACAAGAAAAAGAAAAAGAACAACUAGGAAAUCAACAAAAAGAAUUGGAGAUAUAUGAAAAUGUAAAAUUAGAAUUAGAACAAAAGUUACAACUGUUUCAACAAGACAAUAUCAAUCUGAGUGAUAAAAUUGAUUCAUUACAAAAGGUUGUAUUGAUACUCGAAAAAGAGAAUAAUAGAAACAGAGCAGCCUAUGCUGAUAUUAAAUCAUCAAUUGAACAAAUCAUAGAGAAAGGAAGAAUACAACUGAAAACAUUGAAUAAUGAAAGAAGUCAAUCGGAUCAAUAUAAAAAGAGAUUGAUAGAACAACAGGACACCAAUCAGCAAUUGAGGAAAGAGAAUUCGGCGCUCAAAUCAAAGAUACAGGAGAUGCUGAUACUACUGCAGUGUGCUGCACAAGAAGAUGAUCCCAAUCAACAUCUAAUGGAGGAACUCAUCACUGAGAAUCAAGCUCUCAGAGAAAUGUUGAGUAUUGCAAAAUCAUUUGGUGGAAUUUCUUUGACUUCUUCACUGUCAUCACCUAAAAACAACAACAAUAAUAACAAUAACAAUAACAAUAACACCAAUACAACAACUGUAACAGAUAACAACAACAACGAAAAUAGCAACAACAAUUUUAAUGAAAACAACAAUAGCAGCACUCUUGAAAAUGGUACCAUUACAACUGAACAUAGCGAAAACAAAAACGAUCAAGUAGAUGGACUGGUCGAAGAUGAACUAAUAAUAGAUAGAUAG